AUGGGCCCCUAUACCGCCUCCUCAUGCUGCUGCCAGGUCCAGAGUCUCUCAUGCCAUAUUACGGCCUCCCAUAGCUGCUGCCAGGCCCCUAAUCUGCCAUGGGCCCCUGUACCGCCUCCUCCUCACGCUGCUGCAAGGUCCACAGUGUCUCAUGGGUCCCUGUACCGCCUCCCAUUGCUGCUGCCAGGCCCCUAAUCUGCCAUGGGCCCCCGUACCGCCUCCUCAUGCUGCUGCCAGGCCCCUAAUCUGCCAUGGGCCCCUGUACCGCCUCCUCACGCUGCUGCCAGGUCCACAGUGUCUCAUGGGUCCCUGUACCGCCUCCCAUUGCUGCUGUUUCCAUCACCACACUCUGCCAUGUGCCACUUUCAGGUCUCCUCACACUCCUGCUGGUUUCCAUUUUGUCAUAGGUUGCUGGCAGAUUACAGGCCUCCCAUAGGUGCUGCCAGGCCCCAAAUCUGCCAUGGGCCCCCGUACCGCCUGGUCACGCUGCUGCUGGGUCCACAGUGUGACAUGGGUCCCUGUACGGCCUCCCAUUGCUCCCACUCUGCCAUGUGCCACUUUCAGGUCUCCUCACACUCCUGCUGGUUUCCAUUUUGUCAUAGGUUGCUGGCAGAUUACAGGCCUCCCAUAGGUGCUGCCAGG